AUGAGACUCGAAUUCUUUGCAGCUAUAAUUCUGCUCGUUGUUUUGCUACAUGCACAUGUAUCAUGGGGUAAGAUUCCACUUGUGAUUGGCGGAGUGUUUGACAUCGACACUAGGCCAGGAGAUGAUAAUUCCGCUGGCAUGAUCCCCAUAGUGCGCAUGGCAAUCAGACACGUUAAUUUUUGCCCCAAAACAUUGGCAAACUACGAGCUACAAAUGGAAAUAAAAGACGUCAAGUGUCAAGAUGCAGAUGCCCUGUACGCCUUUACUGAAUUCAUGCGAGAGAAGAAAAAGAUGAUCAUGGUUUUAGGACCAGCAUGUUCCAAAUCAGCAGAACCACUGGCCAAAGUGACCCCAUUCUACAACUUGGUUCAUGUGGCCAUGGCAUCUGCAAAUCCAGCCCUUUCGUGUUGGAAGUAUUUCCCCACCUUUAUCCGCACCAUUCCUCCAGAGCAUUUCCAAAACAAAGGCAGAGUGGCGAUCGUUAAAUAUUUCAAGUGGAAAAAGGUGGCCGUACUAAGGGAGGAUAUGGACACAUUUGAGGGGCUUUCCAACGAUUUGGUCUACAGGCUAAAGAAAGCAGGAGUAGAGGUCAGCAGUUACCAGACCUUUUCAAACGAUGCCGAGUUACAGAUUGAGGAAUUGCAGCAAAAAGAUUUGAGAAUUAUCUUCGGCAUUUUCUCGGAGCAAUCCGCGAGGAAAGUGAUCUGCACGGCACAUAGGAAAGGAUUUUACGGUCCUAAAAUCGUCUGGAUUUUAAUGGGGGGCGGAUACAGAUACCAGUGGUGGACUUAUAAGGAUGUCAAUUGCACUGGACAAGAACUUAGCAGGACGCUUGGAAACUACAUAAGCACCGAGGCGUUAAUGAUUGGCGCUAACAAUGAGCGUACAGUGGCCAGAAAGCUACGUUCGAUAUUGAACAAAUACACCUUGGAUAAUUUGUCCUCAUUUGAUUAUGAUAUCCUCCAGACCGUUCGAGAACUAAGCGAAGAAUACAAAACAGAGCUGGCCAAGUCACCGUACAAGGAACCCAGCCGUCACGCUGCCUUUGCUUAUGACGCAGUGUGGACCAUUGCUCUUACUCUGAACCAGUCCAUCUCAGCUCUCAAGAAACAAAAUGAAACAAGGAAUAUGUCAUUAGAAGACUUUGACUACACCAACAUUGCCAUGAGAAAGAUAUUCAUGAAAACCGCAAAGAGAAUUUCUCUUCAGGGAAUGUCUGGGCUGGUGCAGUUUUACAAGAACUCUGACAGACUGAGCUUGCUUAACAUUGAUCAACGUCAAGCCGGCGAAAUGAAACGAAUAGGAAGCUAUGAUAUGAAACGAAAGAUUAUCAUCGCUGAGAAAGGACAAACAGCGGUGUGGGAAGAUAAAAAAGUUCCAGCAUGCAGCAUCAAGCAAAUCCGAGUUCCACGGUACCUUUCCAAGGGAGUGGUAUUUACUAUGGACUCACUGUGUGUCCUGGGCAUUCUUUUCGCAGCUGGUCUCUUCAUUUUCAACCUCAAAUACCGAAACGUCAGGUAUAUCCGGAUGUCCAGCCCUAGAAUGAACAACAUCAUAAUUCUAGGCUGCGUUUUUAUUUACGUUUCUGGAAUCUUGUUCGGUAUCGACAGUGAAGUUGCUUCCGGAAAGGCUCACGAAAGGGUGUGCCAGGCCAGUGCAUGGACGGCAUCAUUUGGAUUCACCAUGGCUUUUGGCGCUUUGUUCUCUAAGACCUGGAGAGUCCAUCGCAUCUUUAUGAACAAAACUAAGAGAACGGUAAUUAAAGAUUACCAGUUGAUCAUUGUUGUCUUCCUCCUCCUGAUGAUUGAUUCGCUCAUUCUCUUCACCUGGCAAACAAUGGAUCCUAUUUACACCACUGUCAAAACAUUCCCUAAACAGAUCGACGAAGUCGCCGAUACCGCUCUUUACCAGUACCGGACCUACUGUACUUCAAACUAUGGGAACUUGUGGUCAGGCUUACUUUAUGGUUACAAAGGCUUUCUUCUGCUGUUCUGCACUUACUUGGCGUGGGAAAUUCGCAAAGUUCACAUUCCAGUCCUGAAUGAUUCCAAACAGAUUGGCUUUGCUGUUUAUAACGUGUUUAUUCCUUGCGUCAUUAUCAUCCCGAUGCUUAACCUGCUCAAGACUCACACUGAUGCGGUGUACAUCCUAAGUACUCUGCUGUGCAUCUUCUGCACUAUAGUCACUCAGUGCCUCAUCUUUAUUCCCAAGGUAAUAACUGCCCAUCUCGUUUUAUGAGAAUGUGGAGUACAUAAAUUUGUCUCAAGAUACCCUAGUAGUUGAUAUAGCUGCCAUAUAAGGAAUUAUUCACAGAAAGCAAGAAACUUCAUUGUUAUGCUACGUACACGUUUAACUGUGGGAUUGAUGAAAACUAAUGACGAAGUUAGUGAAAUAAUUGACAUGCACACCAACAUGAUACCAAGAUAAAAUGCGCUAA